AUGUGUUUAUGAAUAAAGUAAGAAGAAGAAGUUACCAAAAGGCGCUUAUAAACAAAUUUGUAUAAUUUGAAAAUCAUUUAAAUUUCAUUUGAAGAUGGCUGGAGACUAUAAAACCUGUGAUAUUUGCAAAGAUAAGACUAAUUGCAAUUUCGAUCUGCUACUCUUUGGCGAUUGGCAACAAAGCCGUGAUAUUGUCGUUCAUUACUUCUGCUUGCUCCUCUCUACCAACUUGCCCCAAAGAGGGAAGGAUUGUAGCGGCAUUAAUGGGUUUCUAUUAAGAGAUAUUCGCAAAGAAAUCAAUGCAGCUGCCAAACGUGUUUGCUGCUUCUGCGGCCGAGCCAAUGCCUCCAUUCAAUGCCAUAAGUGCAACGAUUACUUUCAUAUUUGUUGCGGACGUCAAAAUCGCUGUCUCCUCACAUUUCAUGGUGAUUUUCGUUCAUAUUGCGAUGAUUGCAUACCAAAGACAGAACUCCAACCUGUUGGACUUAAGAGCCGACCAUCAAGUUUUGAGCGUUGCAGCAUUUGUCGCGAACAAAUGGGUCUCUACAAUGAGGUGAUAUUCAUAUUUGGCAAAUGCUGUAAUAAAGGGUAUGCGCAUAAUGUAUGCGUGCAAAAGUAUGCACUGGCGGCCGGUUAUUACUUACGUUGCCUUUGGUGUCGUAGCAAAGAAUUCCGCGAUUCAGUGCGGCUGCAGGGUGUUUUUGUACCCGACCGAGAUGCACAUUGGGAGAUACAGAAGGAUACGUAUGUCGACUUGUAUCGCGGACAUAGAACCUGUAAUAUGGAAGUGUGUCUGUGCCCAAGAGGUCGAGAUUAUAACAAAGGCAAAUGGUCGUUGAUACUUUGUUCUUUGUGUGGCAGUAUGGGAGCGCAUAAUCCGAAAUGCUUGUCAGGAAAGGAAAAUGCUAAAGAACCGGUGUCUAGUUUCAAGUGUGCCACAUGCGCGCGCACAGAGUCAACGGUCAUAAAUCGGCAGGAAGGAUUACCAACUGAGAAUGUCAACGACAUUAUUGAUAAAAGCAUUUUUAUGACAAAAACAAAUAGCAAUAAGAGCGUAAAUGCCGUACCCAAUUGUAUAGCUUCUUUCUCUGAGGACGAUGACACGCAAUCUACAGAUAGUUUUGUCACAGUAAUCCCGCUACAAAACUUGGAACUGAAUUCAUCAAUAGGAAAUUCUGCUGCAAUAAACAGAAAAGUAUACAACGCAAGUAUUAACACUAGCGUUGAAGUCACGUGUCAGAAAAGUGAUGAUAAGUUAGAAAUGAUUGAAAUCGAUAGUUCCGAUGAAGACACAGCAAAUGUGGAAAUACAAAAACUCACUACGCCUCCUCCGUCUAAUACAGUUGAUAUGGCAGAUGACGAAACACAAGUAUUUGAAAGCGCUUGCCCUGAUACAGAAGCUGUUGCAGAAACUUCACCUUCCCAACAUCCCAUUAGUUGCGAUAUCCAAGAUGAAGAAACACAAAUACUUGAAAGCGCUUGCCCUGAUACAGAAGCUGUUAAAGAAACUUCACUGUCUCAACAUCCAAUUAGUUGCGAUAGCGAAGUUGAAGGAACACAAAUACUUGAAAGCUCUUGCCCUGACGCAGGUAAAACAAAAGCUGUUGAAGAAGCUUCACCGUCCCAACAUCCAAUUAGUCACAAUAUCGAAGAUGAAGAAACGCAAGUAUUUGAUGUCUGUACUCCAAAUAUAUGCAGCACAGUUGUAGUGGAAGAAGUAUCAGCCACACAGCAUACAGAAUCGGAAAAUACGACAGAACCAUUUAGCCUCACAUCAGUGCCGUGCAUUGAACGUACGCAAGAAAUAGCUUGCAUCCAAAACACAAACCCAACGGAUGAGAGUAAUCAAUCGCCGGUUGUAUCUUCCUCUUCACAAGCUGAAGAGAACGAGGAGUGGAUAAGUUUGGAGGUAUUUGAAUAUGAUGAUGUUCAGGGAAAAUGCAUUGGUACUGCCACGGUGCGCAUCAACUUGCGUGAUGAGAGGUUCGCUGGCAUGAGCUUGGAACACAUUGAGCAGAACUCUAGUCAAUUGUUGAGCGAUGGCGAUGUUAUAGCGCGCAGUGAUGACUGCGCCAUUUUCGCUAAGAUCGAUGCUAUAAUUGCCGAAUAUGCGACAUAGCGUUUAAAAGAAGUACUCGAAGUGAGAAAAAGAGACUUCAGUGAUGUUUAAAAAAAAAAAAUUUGUGCAGCAUUGCUCUCUCCACUUAAUUACUUAAUUAUUUUUAUACAAAUGUUGUUAAAUCUAAAUGAAAAUUUUAAAAACUUAUGACACCUUCAAGGUUUAGAAUGUAUUUAUAUGUAUUUGCUAGUCCAAGGUCAAGUACAGACUCAGGGUGAAAAUAAUAAAUACUCAAACGUUUU